GACAGCACCAAGCAGAGGCAAUUGCCCGGAAAAACUCCUCACGAGCUUCCCCGUCGCGCAAUAAUUUUUUGAGGACGGUUACUGUCCGGAAGCUCCUGGCUCAGCGCAAGUGCAACAGCAACAGCAACAGCAACAGAGCAACAACACCUGCAGCUCCUGCACCCUCUACAUCAUCGACCACGCUGGUCAGCCCAUUAAUUACGUUCCUUUCGACAUCGCGACUUUUCUUCCUAGAAUACCUCUGAUACCUGUCUUCCCUUUCUCUCUCAAUUGCUCUUGGGCUCAUCGCCAACAUGUCGAAUCCCCUGCCGUCUGUGCCUCCCAUGGCCAGCCCUCCGACUGUAAUCCCCGUUGAUUCAUCUUCUGGCCUCUGGGAUCGCAUCACCUCAUGGGCUUCGGAUAACAAGGCCAUUGUCUAUACUGCCGCUGGUGUCGCCGUCGUCGCCACCGGUGCUGGUGUCAUCUACUUCCUCAACAGCGACUCCAAGUCAGACUCGACACCAAAGCUCAGUAAGAAGGAGCGAAGGAAAAGAAAGGAAGCCGAGCGGAAGGCUGCAGCAGAUGCCGAAAAGCAGCCCACACCUGCAGAGGCCGCAGUCCCUGCGUCGUCCAAAGCAGCCAGCGUCGAGUCCGCCGACGAGCUUCCCGAGAUCACCGAGGCAACUGUUGCCGAGUUCACUACCGAAGAGCGGGAAAAGUACGCCGCCAAGCUUAAGGAUGUCGGUAACCAAGCCUACGGUGGCAAGGACUACAACAAGGCCAUCGACCUCUACUCCCAGGCCAUUCUUUGCAAGGCCAACCCCAUCUUCUACUCCAACCGCGCCGCCUGCUACAAUGCCCUCGGCAACUGGGACAAGGUCGUUGAAGACACGACUGCCGCCAUCAACCUUGACCCCGAAUACGUCAAGGCACUCAACCGCCGCGCUAACGCCUAUGAGCACCUGAAGAUGUACGGCGAGGCUCUCCUCGACUUCACUGCUUCUUGCAUCAUCGAUAGCUUCAAGAACGAGAGCAGUGCGCAAUCAGUCGAGCGCCUGCUUAAGAAGUUCGCCGAGCAGAAGGCUCAAGAGAUGAUGGCCGACCGGCCCAACAAGCUUCCCAGUCACACUUUCGUCGGCAACUACCUCCAGAGCUUCCGCGUCAAGCCCCGUCCGGCUGGCCUUGAGGACUCUGUGGUUUUGUCCGAGGAGACUGGUAAGGGACAACUCCAGCUCGGCCUGAGUGCUCUGGAGAAGAAGACUGGCGACGGGUACGAGGAGGCCAGAGCGGCCUUUGAGAAGGCGUUGGAGUUGGGCGACCUGGGCGAAUUCGAGGCCCUUGCAUACAACCUGCGCGGCACUUUCAGCUGCCUGCUCGGAAAGCACGACGAUGCCAUGGUCGACCUGACCAAGAGCAUCGAGCUGGAUCCUUCCAUGACCCAGAGUUACAUCAAGCGCGCCAGCAUGAACCUCGAGCUUGGCGCCCCGGAGAAGGCUGCUGAGGACUUCGAGAAGGCCAUGGAGCAGAACACCGAGGACCCUGAUAUCUACUACCAUCGCGCUCAGCUCCACUUCAUCAAGGGCGAGUUCUCCGAUGCCGCCAAGGACUACCAGAAGUCGAUCGACCUGGACCGCGACUUCAUCUUCUCUCAUAUCCAGCUGGGAGUGACCCAGUACAAGAUGGGUUCUAUUGCAUCAUCCAUGUCAACUUUCCGCCGCUGCAUCAAGAACUUCAAGGAGGUUCCCGACGUCUACAACUACUACGGUGAGCUGCUUCUGGACCAGGGCAACUUCCAGGAGGCCAUUGAGAAGUUCGACAGCGCCAUCGAGAUGGAGUCGAAGACGAAGCCCAUGGCGAUGAACGUCCUUCCUCUCAUCAACAAGGCUCUCACCCUGUUCCAGUGGAAGCAAGACUUUGGUGAAGCCGAGAAGCUUUGCCAGAAGGCCCUUAUUAUUGACCCCGAGUGCGACAUUGCUGUCGCGACGAUGGCCCAGCUUCUGUUGCAGCAGGGCAAGGUCACCGAGGCGCUCAAGUACUUUGAGCGCGCUGCAGAGCUUGCCCGCACCGAAGGUGAGAUCGUCAACGCCCUGUCCUACGCCGAGGCGACGCGCACGCAGCUCCAGGUUCAGGAGAAGUACCCCAAGCUGGCGGCAAAGCUUCAGGGCAUCGGCCCGGGUGGCAUGCCCCGGUAAAGGGCUAAUGACGUCUUGAACAUGAAACAUGUAAAACUCACCUGUCGGCGGCGUGUAAGAAGAGAACAGCAGAUCCCUUAGCAUAUGAGGGAGCGGAUAGCCAAGACAAAGGGCUCUUGGUUGGUAAUAGGGGAAAAUAUCAAGGCGGGCAAGCCGCCCGCCUCGUCAAGUCGUUUUUCGUUGAUCGGUGAGGGAAGCUUUGGGAAAGGAGAGCAAAAUCCAAGGCUACGUACGUACGGCUGGGGAGGCAUUGGUUGAAACCCUUACGUUGUACAUAAUCCGACUUCCCUCACUCUACGUACAUUGGUGAGAGCAUUGUAGAACUAGUUCACUGU